UCUGCUGCAGCUUAUCUGAGAAGGUGAUGGAUUUUGAGCAAGCACUCAAAAAGGAUUGGUACAGCAUUCUGGGGGCAGAUCCGUCUGCAAAUGUGUCAGACCUAAAACAAAAGUAUCAGAAACUCAUAUUACUGUAUCAUCCAGAUAAACAAAGUACAGAUGUGCCAGCAGGAACCAUGGAGGAAUGUAUGCAGAAGUUCAUUGAAAUUGAUCAGGCAUGGAAAAUUCUAGGGAAUGAAGAAACCAAAAAAAUGUAUGACCUGCAGCGGCAUGAAGCUGAGCUAAGGAGUAUGGGGCCAGUAGAUGCACAGGUGUACCUUGAAGAAAUGACCUGGAACAAAGAUGAUGAGUCUUUCUCUCUGACCUGCCGAUGUGGUGGAAAAUAUACUAUCUCCAAGGAUGAAGUGGAAGAAGUGAACUUGGUUUCCUGUGAUACAUGCUCACUGAUUGUGGAACUCCUUCAUCAGCCCUGAUCUGUGCAUUCCUGGGAUCCUUUAACUACAGUCAGCAUGGUCCAGAGGUCACUCAAUUUCAAGGAGACAGAUGCUUUCUUACUAGCUGUAUAAUAUGCAUAUAUAAGAUCUUCAAGCAAAUACCACUUCAGAUUAAAAAAUUAAUUCAGUUGUUUAUAUGUAUAACUGCAGGAUUUCAAAAAAAGGACUUGCAUUGUAUUUCUGGAUUUUUAUCUGACAACUUUUGUUUUCUCCUUGGUACAAGGUUUUUAUAUAGUUUUAGUCUUUAUAGUUAUAAAGGUUUUGUUUUUUGUUUUAAUCUUUAGUGUGGGGGAAGCAUAUACUGAAUCUAUGAGGAGUUGAUUUUUCUCUUCUUCCCCAUGUGGGUCCCAGGAGUCAAAUUUGGGUCCUCAGGUUUUCAGUAAGUACCUUUACCUGCUGAACCAUCUUGCUGUCCCUAAUUAUGAAGUUGUUGAUAUAAAAAAUGAUGUUUAUAGUUAUUGAAGUUGUAUGCCUAUUGUACUAUUUCAAAUUUGAAGGCAUUAAAUAAUACUAGGAUUUUGUGAACAAAGUGUGAACCUGGCUUUGCCCUAAACAAGGCUGGAUAUGGAUCACUACAGAUGUAUUUCCAAGCUGCUCAAGAGGACCAAGUGUUAGGAAAUGUGACUCUAGUUCUGACCCUGGAUGUCUGAAGCUUGUUAGCACCUUAACUUCAGAUGUAAUUUAGGAAGAAAAACUUAAAAAAACUUGAAGUUCAGAUUUUACUUUUUAUUUAAUUGCCUCCAUUUAAGACUAAGGAGCCAUUCAUUUCAUUAUGGUGUGGUGAAAGUGCUCUUAUAAUGAAUAAUUACUGACUACAAUAGACCAUACAUGUCAUGCCCUACAAGACCUCUUUGUAUGUAACCUUUUGUUUACAGUGUAGGUCAGAAUUCAUUUCACGAACACCCAGGGGCCCUAUGGAGCACCUCUGAUUCAUGCCUAACUGUUGGUGUUGUCAGAAGAGCACAGACUAGGAAUGCUUAGUCCCAGCCUUUUGUAAGACAGACAGCUGACAUCUGAGGCACAGUAAACUGCUUUCAUUAUAUAGGCACUAUCAAAAUUCAGAUGUGACUUAGUCAUGCAGAUUUUCCCCCCAAGAUAAUUUUAUAUCAUAAAAUUUAGAAGGAAAAUGUGUUUGUGAUUUUUAUCCAAAUACUUUUAAUUAAUGUAUAUUGUAGAAUGUGAUGUUUAUGCUUACAUUUAAUUAAAAACAAAUAAAACUGAGUAGCAAAAGUUUAUUGUUAAGUUCAUGGUUUCAACUGCAGUAAUACAUUUAUAUGAAUAGACAAUAAUCAAGUCAAAAAAGUAAAUGCUUGCUAAUCAUCAGAAAAUCUCUGGCCAUUUGGGCUGUCACGCAGAAAUCCAAAAUCACUGAAAGGCCAAAUCUGUAAAAUGAAAACACAGCUGAUGGCAAUUAAAUGAAAAUUCUUUAUCAUAUGAUGUUCUCUUUUCCUGUUCUCUCUGUUAGAUAAUGCACUGCAAUCUCUUUAUCAGUUACUCUGAAAAUAAAUUUAUGUAUGUAGCCUGGGUCAUUCAAACACGAUACUAGAAAACAUGUUUGUUUAGUAUAUCAAUAUAUAUUUGUGAAGACCUGUCUUCUAUUACCAUCUUAAAAUAGGUUACAUACCAAUCUGUGGUAUUCUAUACUUUAAGUUGCUUAAACAUGGCAUCUGUUUAAGUAUAAUAAAGAAUCCUGAACAUUA